UUCCUCGUUAUCAGACUUUUAUAAAACUCUCUUGCGUGUAUUCCAGUUUCCAAUUGGCCUUCUCAUUUUUCUUUAUUGUUUAUUUUUCUCGGUUUGGUCACUCGGAGAGAGCUCUCUGUCUCGCUUCCAAUUCAAGCGUUUUUCAAUUGUAAAGAACAUUUUCAUUUUGGGUGGUUUUAGUUAGAUCUUUUGUUUUCACAAUUUCCAAAACAAGAACCAAAGCCAGCAAGCAGACCCUGUUCUCUAUUAAGGAGGGAAAGGGUUCUGCUCUCGGAUCUGAUCUGAAUUUUAUCGAGGCAUCUCAGCUUUGGAUCUGCUACAAUUGAUGUGCUGAGUCCUCUCUUCGAGAACCACAAUGGGGAUCCUGUUUACUCGAAUGUUCUCUUCACUCUUCGGUAACAGGGAAGCUCGGAUCCUUGUUCUUGGCCUUGACAAUGCUGGAAAAACGACAAUUCUCUAUCGACUUCAGAUGGGGGAAGUUGUCUCCACAAUUCCAACAAUUGGGUUUAAUGUGGAAACCGUGCAGUACAACAAUAUCAAGUUUCAAGUCUGGGAUCUGGGUGGGCAAACAAGUAUCAGACCAUACUGGAGAUGCUAUUUUCCAAAUACUCAAGCUAUCAUCUACGUUGUUGAUUCCAGUGACACCGACAGGAUGGUAAUAGCCAAAGAUGAAUUUCAUGCAAUUUUGGAGGAGGAUGAGUUAAAAGGUGCUGUUGUUCUCAUUUUUGCAAACAAGCAGGAUCUCCCUGGUGCACUUGAUGAUGCUGCAGUGACUGAGGCCUUAGAGCUGCACAAAAUAAAAAGCCGUCAGUGGGCUAUCUUUAAAACUUCUGCCAUAAAGGGUGAAGGACUCUUUGAGGGUUUGGACUGGUUGAGUAAUACACUCAAGUCUGGUGGCUAACUUAUUCAAGAAUCAGUGCAAGGAUUCUGCUAUCCGGCUAACUCUGAAUGGAGAAAAAAGAUAUUGAUUUUGGUGUGAUCUUUGACAGGAGAGUUUUCUGAAGGUGGGAUGAUAUCAUGACUUGUCUUAUUUUCAGAGUACAAAUUGUUCAGACAAAUCUUUUAGCUAUUUUACAUGUAAAAUUCUGGUUAAAGAUUUGAAUGUAUGCGUUCUGUUUUACCUCAUUAAAGACGAAUAUUCUUGAGUAUGGCCCUUUCCAUUUUUCA